AUGUACUCACCUCUGAGUCGCGCUGGAGGCCCCUCGCAGCCUGGCUUGCCCGGAAGAGCGCUUGCCUCGUUGAAGGCCUUGGGGCUGGUGUUCCUGCCGUCCUUCGUGGCCUUUGUCAUCCUGGAUGUGAUCUGGAUCACGUAUGUGGCCAAGGACGUGUAUGCCGGCCUCAAGCCCAUCCUUAAAGAGGACCCAGACCCCGUGGCGGCAGUGCUAUCGUGGAUCGCCAUCGUGAUGGGGGCGUACGUGUUCGUGCUCCCGCGCACAGGCGGCGGCCGCACUGCCUGGCACGUUGUCGGACAGGGGGCCCUGUUUGGGCUGCUGCUGUAUGGAACGGUGGACCUCACCAAUUGCGCGCUGCUGACUGCCUGGGGGUGGAACGUGGCCCUCGUGGACAUGGCCUGGGGCACCUUGGCAUGCGCCGUGCUGUCUCUGACGCAGCGCUCACUGGCAUCUUACUUCCCUUCAUUGGGGCUGUGA